GGGCUUCUUUUUCUUUCCGUUCCCUUUCUUUUCUCGUGUUGUCAGUACUUCUCUUUCCUGUUUUUCCCUAAACUGACUCUGUUACUUUAUUUCACCAAAGAACCUGAUUCUCUGCACUCCAGGCACCAAUUUCUCUUCUCCUUCUUCUCCUCUUCUUCUUCUUCUUCUUCUUCUUCUUCUUCUUCCUCACUUUUUCUCUCAUCUCAUUCAUUCCCAUUGCUCUCUCUAUCGAGCUUUUACCUUUUCAAUUAUCACAGUCUACUUCACACUCUAAUCUAUCUAACCUUAAACUUUCUCUAGCACCGGCUUUUUUGGCAGUUUCCAGAGUCGUGAGAGAUUGAGAAAUGGACAAAACGAUGAUGAAUGGAGCGAGUCGGCGAAGCAUUAAUAACAAACGCAUAAAAUCACUGACUCACAAACGCAACAACCUCAACCUCAUCCCUGGUUUUGAUGCUCAUGACCUUCUUCAUGUUUCGGAGAAAUCAAAGAAGGAGAAGGUGCGAAGCUUGAGUGCUGUUGCGAAAGCACUCUCCAGUUACCAAAUGGGUUGCCAUCUCUCUGAUUCUCACAAAUCACCAAAUGCCAUUUCCAACAACAAAUUUAAGCUUCCCAAGAAGGAUUGCAAUGGCGUUCAUCAUGCCUCUGUUCCUCGGAAGAUACGUUCAGCGAUGAAGAAGAGGGGUCGCGAAUCGAUGUUAACUGAUUCAGAAAAGGUGAACCGUGAGAUAGAUGGAAUAGAAUCUCCCGAAAAAGAUGGCAUAAAGAAGAAAUCCAAAAAAAAAGGAAGCUCCACCAUGAGACAAGAUGUGCUAGGGCCCAUCACAAAAGAUGAGGAAGAGGUUGCAGAGACUCUCUAUGCCUUGGCUGGAAUGUUCCCUAUUAUUAAUGGCUCCGAAGAUAGGACCGAACUAGACCGCGAAUCUUUGCCUGAGAAGUCCUUGGUUUUGCAGGGCCACAAGGAGUGUGCUAAUGCUACUUUUGAAGCCUCAGGAACUACUCAGGAUGCUAGUCUUAUUUCAAAUAGAUCACCUACGGGAGAUGCGAAAAUCAGUUCUUCAAAUAAAACCAGUGGUCAAGAACAGGCUGAUAGAACUGCUUCAAAUACAAAUAUGCAGGCUGUGCCUAUGAUUGUUAGGAGUGAAAAUGGUCGUGAAGUUGCGUCGCACGACACUGAGUUGUGCCUGGAAAUGGGACUAAAUGUGACCGCACAAUCACUGAAUUCACAUCCAGAUGUGGAAUUUGAGAUGGCUGGAGGCAUUGAUUGUAAACUAAAACAACACAUAAUUAAGCACUGGAAGGAAAAUGAAGGUCCAGCAUUGUGGUCCGCCUUAUCUUCAAGAGGAUCUGCUAGGAUGGAUGCUUCUGAAUUGCAGUCUUCUGUUGCUAAAGCACCAAAUUGGCUGAAUGCUGCUAUUUAUGCAUCCAAACAAGAUUUGAAGCAAAGUUUUUCUUCUGGUGAUAAGAAGCAGACUUCUGAAGUUGUGAUUCGAAGAAAGUCAUGGAAGAAGUGUGCAGCUCAUGUUCACAUCAGUCAUCUCAUCCGGAGUUUAGAGGUGCCAAAUGGACAGGUUGCAAAAGAACCAGACCGAGUACACCAUGGAACAGAAUGUGGAGUUCUUUUGGAAACACAUAACUUGAAUUGGAUGAGCAAUAGUAAUCGUUCUGCAUCUGGAAUUGUUCAUUCUGCUACUGUCAGGAGUUCCCAUGAAACUAAGAGUGGUACUCCUCAACAGCACAGUCGUUAUCAUGACAUGUCUCAAACUCCUGCACCUGGGGUGUAUGGUCCUCAAAAGCAAAAUUUCAACUUCUUGUCCUUGUCUGUUGGAGGUACUGGAUUAAAGGUCAACAAUGGUUUUAAUGAAGGCAGAAGUAGGUUGGAAUUGUUGUCAAAAUCCCAAGUGCCUUAUUUUCAGUCGUUACAACAGCAGCAUGGGCUCAUGCCAUUACCUACGCCUCAAAGUCAAUAUGCCUCCUCCACUUCUUACCUUGAUCAGCUUCCCGCAGCAGGACCACAGGUUCGAUUGCAGCAACCUCAUUAUUAUGGCACCCCAUUAUGUGGAACUCAAUACAGUUCAACAGCUUCAUAUAAACAACAGCAACAAAGCUUUUGGGCAGUUCAACUUGCAGCUAAUGGUGGUUCUUCUUCUGUAAAUUGCAACAUUGUGAGGGCGCAGUAUCCUAAUUGGCAACAAAAUGGGAGAGUUGAUUCUUGUGCAGUGAGUCCAUUUGCCCAAGUGAUCAGUUCAAUCUCUCAGCAAAAGCCAUUAACCCUUGCUUCUUCAUUGCACCCAUCCAGAACAAUUGGGCUGGACAUUCAUCUUCCUUCUGUUUGUGAAGAAAGUAUGGCUAGGUUCCGUAGCAGUGGCACCCCAUCGCUGCAAUUGUUAUGUGAUGAGCGUCUCUGAAAUUGAACACAAAUGUCCAUUUUCUGGUUCAUAAGGCAUACAAAGAUAUUUUAUUAACUAUAGUUCAUUUUCUACUUGCCAUGUUAAUGAAUGUGGCACAAAACUAGCGAGGGCGCGAUUAACUACUGAGCAUGCAAGAAAAGGUUAGCAUAAAUGCGAGUAGAUAUUCUUAAAAAGACUUCUCUUUAGAUUUCAAAUUAUUCUUUUGGAAUUUGGAAGGUCAGAUAGAAAAACUAUCAUUUGAUUCA